AUGCUUAAGAAGUAUGGAGUACAUAAUCGAGUAGGGCUUUCAUAUCACCCACAAACUAGUGGUCAAGUAGAGAUUUUUAACCGAGAGAUCAAAACCAUCUUGGAGAAGACGGUUGUGAAUUCAAUGAAAGAUUGGUCUGAGAAACUCGACAAUGCACUAUGGGCUUAUAGGACAACAUUUAAGACCCCUAUUGGCACCACUCUAUAUCGACUAGUCUAUGGGAAAACAUGUCAUCUUCUUGUUGAAUUAGAGCAUCGUGCAUUUUGGGCUAUCAAGAUCCUAAAUUUCGACUCUCAAAUGGCGGGUGAGAAAAGACUCCUGCAACUUAAUGAGCUAGAAGAGAUUCGACUUGAUGCUUAUGAAAGUUCAAGGUUGUACAAGGAGAAUACUAAAAGAUGGCAUGAUAAAGGGAUUUUAAGAAGAGAGUUUAAGGAAGGCGACUUAGUUCUCAUUUUUAACUCUAGGUUAAAACUCUUUCCUGGAAAACUUCGCUCUCGAUGGUCAGGACCAUUCCGAAUUAGUAAGGUUUUCCCUUAUGGUUCAAUAGAGCUUUGGAACAAAUAAAAUGGUACUUUCAAGGUGAAUGGUCAAAGAGUGAAACAUUACAGAGUCGGUGACCUCAUUAACGACAAUAUGGAUAUCACACUUUUCGAUCCUUCAUCGGAAUGAAUCACAAAGGGGGUUGAGCUUAUGACCUUAUAAACAAGCGCUUUUGGGAGGCACCCCAUACUCAUUCCUAAUUUUUAUUUUUAUUUUCAAUUUUCUUUUUACUCAUAC